AUGUUCUUGGAUCAAUUGGAUCACGAACAACGCAAAACGACGAAACUUUCAGGCAAGAUAAAGGAUCUUGAGAAGAAGCUGCGGUCAGUACGAGCCGCACAAUCGAAUGGCAGCGCUUCGGCAUUUUCACCUGGUUCGAAACGAUCUGCAGGUAUCAUCCAGAAGGACGCUCGCAGGGACCAGGUCAAGGAAUUGCAGUCACAAGUGCAAAGUCUCAAAGAGGAACUUCGCGCCAGCAAUGACGGCAUAAGAGUUCUGGGAAAGGCCAACUACACCACGGUUGACACUCUAAUAAAUGCAGUUCGGGAGGAGAACAAAGGAACCAAUAAAGAACAAGCACCGAGCCUCGUGGAUCGAAUUAACUAUCUGAACUUGGUCUGCUUCUUCCGAACUCGCAACUAUCUCCAACUUGCUCUGCGAGAGCGUGAUCAUAUAUUGGCAAGAAUUCUCCUGAAUGACGCUAAUAAAUGGGUCAAGUCGUGCAAAGAGGAUUUCGAAACAAUGGAUCCAAGCGUCAAUCUCCAGAUCGAAGCCUCGAUGCUCAUUCUUCACGGUGUGAGGAAAGUCUUGACGACUAAAGACAAAGACGUCAUGGUUGAAGGCAUAAAACACGUCAGAUAUGGACGCGAUGAACUUAACAAGUUCUCAAAAAAUGACUCUUUUUCACAGCUUGUGCAACUUGCCGAUUCUAUCAUUCAAACGACCAAGUACGACGAGGAGCAGAACAGUCUGGGUAUCAAGAAACUUCCGUUCAACCCCUUCGCGAAGAAGAACAAGCUCACCUACGCCAAGAUCCAGGAGACUAUCAAGGACAACCCAGCCAUGAAGGCAGAGGCGCUGCGUCUUACGGGUGUCCAUUCUCCUUCAUCUCCCCAGAAAUGGAGAAAGGACAAGUAA